AUGUUUUGGUCCAACAACACGUCAAGGCUCUUACCUACAGCCAGCGGUCCUUACACUCCAGGAUGCUCAGAUGUUAUGGUUGGAUAUGGUAAAAAUGGAAUAUAUUUACGAUUAUACUAUCCAACUAGUAGCCCAAAAACCGCAGAAAAAACAUCCAACCAAAGAUUUUUAUGGUUUCCAACGGAUGAUACUGAGCUAAUGGGACUGGCAAAAGUUUUAAAAAUUCCGUAUUAUAUACUGAAGUUUGUGAUUUGGUGGAAUGUCAACCCCACAGUACCAGUACUAUAUGGCCAGAAAGUAAGGACUGAAGAAGAUAUGAAAUGUAUAAUUCUGUCACAUGGCUUAGGUGGAAGUAGAUAUAUUUACUCAAAAAUAUGCUACGAUUUGGCAUCACAUGGUUUUUUGGUAGCUUGUAUUGAACAUAGGGACAAAUCAAGCUCUUGCACCUACUAUUAUGAAAGCCAAGAUAACGCAGAAAAAGACCUAAAAACCUACGUUGAUUUCGAACACAUUCCUUUAGGAGGAAGUCAUUUGAGAGAACGACAACAACAGAUUCAACAUAGAAUGGCUGAAUGUUUACGUGCAAUAAACUUUAUUGUGCAAUUAAACAGCGGCAUUGUUCCUAAGAAUGUAUUGGAUAGUGUACCGAAUACUCGAAACAAUCAGUUUAGGUUAGAAUACUUGGUAGGCAAAAUAGACGUAAACAAUUUAGUUAUGAUGGGUCAUUCUUUUGGUGCAGCUACGGCGUUAACAACGUUUUCCAAGUCGCCGCAUUUGAAGCAAUGUAUUGUAUUGGACCCAUGGAUGUUUCCUAUUAAAGAUGAUGACUUGCAUGAUAAAAUUUUCGGGAAGCCUGUACUUUUUAUAAACACGGAAACGUUCCAUAUAGCCACCAACGUUAACGCUAUGGCUAAGUUUAUGACAAACCAGAAGUUACAAAUGUAUACCAUCAGGCAAACUACACAUGAAAAUCAGACUGAUAGCGUUCUGGUCGCGGGAUAUUGGCUAAACCUUUUUAUGAAGAAACUUGAUCCACACGAAGCCUUGAAAAUCAAUAAUGCGCUAAUUUUUAUGUUUUUAAAUGAGCAUGUCGGUGUUCCAAGGAACGUCGAAACUUUUAACAAAUAUCUCGAAGUGAAAAGUGAUCUCUAUGAAAAAGGAUUAACGAAGCCUUGGCAGCAGUAG